AUGGAUACACAGAACUCUGGCCCUAACGUGUACGCUGCACAUUCUUUGAGUGAUGAAAUUGUCAGGCAAAGUUACUAUGAUUGCACAAAAAGUCUUGUAGAUGGUCUUGAGGAACCACUACAAGCUUUGAUUGACACUAGUGCGUCAAAUAACUUUGAUCGAGCGCAAGUUAUGACUGGGCAUGGUGUUAACCUGCCCAAUAUGAAAGAAGAAAUGAUCGCUCAUUUAGCGAAUGGAUCUAGAUUGGAGAUGCCAAAGCAAGUCAUUUGCUUGGCAAUGAAGUUUGAAGUUUCCGAGGUGAAGACAAGUUAA